AUGGGUUACAUCGGCUCUUCAGCGCUCGCUAUUGGCGCAGCAGUUGCAGUUGUGCUUGCUAUUAUCAUUGCUUUUCAUGAUUUAGCCCUAGAACGACUCCGCAAAUACUGCACACCAACUGCAGAGGAAGCCGAAUGGGCUGCAGCGUAUGUUGAAAUUUCUGAUGACGACGUCGAUGUCUUGGAGUACGGAGAAGAACAACUGGGAGGCGCCGAAAGCUUUCUUGAAGAACCGGAGGGUUCUCUCCUGACUGGCCUUUGGGAUGGUCGCAUCGUCCGCUUGCUUAACGAGCGACAGCUGCAACACGUAGCGUCAACGGGGGUGCACUAUGGGACUGCUUGCUCACUGGAGAGGCAGAAAAGAGAAUCUACCCGCUGUUCGCGGCCUUUGGGGCUUCAGUUUGCUUCGGCUCCAACUAAAGGAGAAAAGACCAUAAAUUUGGUGGUUUGCGACGGCUGGCGGGGGCUUUUGGAGGUACCCGUGCCAUCUUGGGAGCAGGCUGAGUUGGGAACACAUCCUACGCCUCCUUCAGCAACGCGAGAGCUCUUAAAGGGGAGAGGCAGUGCGCAGCUGCACAUCGCAAACGCAAUUACAGAGAAAGUGGACGGAAAAUUUUUCGUCACUGACUCUUCUGCACGCAGCGAUGCUGGGAGGUUUGGCCUCAUCGCAUUUGAAGGCGCCAGUACUGGCACAGGCCGUCUGCUUUCUGUUGACCUCACGACAGAUACUGCGGAAGUUGUGGGUGAUGGCAUACCCUUUGCCAAUGGGGCUGUCGUCACGUAUGACCGGUCGGGCGUUCUUGUUUCAGCGUUGAGCGCUCGUCAGAUUCGCUUCUACCCCAUCAAUCCUCAGUCCAGUACAGAAAGUGGCUGGCGGCCGGUGGUGACCCUGCCCAUUCCUCCUGACAAUAUAACUCGCGUGCAAGUUGAGCGGAAGCAGUUGUACGCGGCAGUGUCCUAUACAGCUCCAUUUCUGCCUCCCUUUGUAGGCAACUGCGAGACCGGCAGUCUCCUACAGCAACUGCGAGCAGCUGCGUGGACAGCGUUCAGUCGCGUUGUUAUGCGCUUGCUACCGAGCUCCUUCUUCGACAUGCUCAUCAAAGUCAGUGCGAGCAGAAGCAAAAGGGGAGGUCAGGUCAUUCUCUUCGACGAGGAAGGGAAGAUAUACAGAUGGCUUUCACGCCAGAGCAGCCACUUUGUCAAAUUCGCAUAG